AUGAGUUCCGGAAGCGCCCAGUCGUCGAAAAGACGAUGCGUCAGCACAGCAUGUGUUGCUUGUCGCAAGAGGAAGUCCAAGUGCGAUGGAAAUCUUCCCAGUUGCGCGGCUUGCUCCUCAGUAUAUCAUACUCCUUGUGUAUAUGAUCCGAAUUCGGAUCAUCGCCGCAAAGGUGUAUAUAAAAAAGGCACUGACACUUUGCGCACCAAAAACACCACUCUGCAGACCUUGAUCCACGCGAUAUUAAAUUACGAUGAAGCAGAUGCAUUUGACCUAGUACGCCAGAUUCGCUCUUGCGACGACCUCGAAGAUGUAGCAGAAUCGGUGCUUGGUAAGGAGAAAGGGCUUUUGUCUGCACCGCAGACAGCAAAGGAAUCUACCAGCCAUGAGAAUGAGGUUGAAAUAGACCAAUUCGAAUCAGAACUAGCUGGUAAGAUGAGCGAGCUAAUGCUGGAUGGUUCUCGAAAAUUUAUAGGAGGAACUUCAAACCUCAUAUUCUUGCCGCCAGGCUCAGAGCUACAUGAGGCAGCCUCGGUUACAAAUAACCUCGCCUUUGAUACCGGCCAGACACAUGCUGUGAGCCGAUGGACGCAAGUCACAGAUGACGACUCACUGAUCAGCCAUUUGAUGACCAUGUACUUCACAUGGCACUAUCCAUUUUUCACCACCUUGUCCAAAGAUCUGUUUUAUCGGGACUACAUUCGGGGUGUCUCCAGUUCAUAUUGCUCUGCAUUACUCGUCAAUGCCAUGCUAGCUCUCGGCUGCCACUUCAGCUGUUGGCAAGGUGCUUUCGAAGACCACCAGAAUCUUACAACGGCAGGUAAUCAUUUCUUCAAAGAAGCAAAAAGACUCAUUUUGGAAAAUGACGAACACGAGAAUGCAAAACUUUGCACAGUUCAAGCCUUUGCGCUUAUGUCUGUCCGAGAAGCAGGAUGUGGCCGCGAAGGAAAAGGCUGGGUCUACAGUGGUCUCAGUUUCCGCAUGGCUUUCGAUCUUGGAUUGAAUCUCGAUUCCGCAAACCUCGGCCCUCACAGUCUCAGCGAUGAGGAAGUUGAUGCUCGUCGAAUCACAUUCUGGGGUUGUUAUCUCAUUGACAAAUGCUGGUCAAAUUAUCUUGGUCGUCAGCCUCAACUGACCGCGGCCAACGCCAAUGUACCCAAAUUCGAUGUCUUCCCACGGGAGGAAACAGAGCUAUGGUCUCCGUACACUGAUUCUGGCAUCGGCCAUGAACAUACGCAGCCAUCACGAACUAGGGCUGUCGCCCUUCAAAUAUCGAAGCUAUGUGAGAUCAGUAGUGAUGUACUGGUGUUCUUUUAUCAUCCAACCGAGCUCGAAAAGCUUCAGCCCAAACAGUCAGAAUUGAAGAAAUUAAGUGAUGUUCACAUCCGACUCGAAUCGUGGAAGAACAAACUGCCAAAGGAACUUGUGGCAAAAGAAGGGCAGCUCCCUCAGGUGCUUGUCAUGCAGUAUGUUGAUCGAUACAACCACCGUGAUAUUCUGGCUAACCCCUGCCACAGUAUGCUGUACCAGCUAAUCAUAAUCCACCUAUAUCGGCCUUUCUUGAAGUAUACCAAGGCCAACACCCCACUGCCCUCUCAUGUCUCACCUCGCAAGAUCUGUACGCAGGCUGCUGCCACAGUCUCCAAGCUUCUGCGCGUAUACAAACGUGGCUACGGAUUGAAACAAAUUUGCAAUAUUGUCGUUUAUAUAGCUCACACCGCAUGCACCAUUCACCUCCUCAACCUUCCCGACAAGAAUGCCCAGAGGGACGUCAUCCACGGCCUGAAGAAUCUCGAAGAAAUGGCAGAAUGCUGGCUCUGUGCUCGACGUACCCUCCGCAUCUUAGAUAUAUCCGCCAACAAAUGGAAUGUCGAGGUACCACCCGAAGCAAUCUCUAUAUUUGAACGAACACACAACAAAUGGGGUUCAUGGGGCUCAUGGGAUCAAGCAACAUCUCCCGCAGCAUCUGAAGGAUUCCCCAUCUCAACCGUCGUGCACCCUGCCACAAGUCCAAGCCGAUUCUCUCCAUCUGCACCCUCAUUCCAGCCCUCUCACACCGACCCCCCCACCAACCCUCUCACCACAGUCAGCUCACCCAUAAGCCCUCAAUACGGACCUGUUCCACCCCCCACCAUUCCGAUGUCCUUCCCACCCAUGCGAACAGCACACAGCGCCCUAGCAGCUCAGGCCCAACGGCCUGAAUUCGCCCUGCCCGAGCCAACAUAUCUCCGGCCCCAGGUUGCCUACCAAUUCCCUCCCGUAGCAACAUCGCCUUCCUCCCCUCGCCCAAAUACUUGGUACGACGGGUCAGUCGCCCAAAUUCCACCCCAGAAUCAGAACGGGACCCCAACAUCGAACGCAUCGCCCGUAUCCGGGUACGACGGCACAGAAAACCUGGUCGAAGAAAGCCAAGACUGGUGGUCCAGAAAUGCAAAUGCAGCGUAUGAUAUGGGCAUGGGCAAUUGGAACGGUGCUUGGAACAGCCCCUCGCCGAACCCACAGCCUCAUAUCCGAUACCAGAACGGUGGCCUCAUUUCUGUUGCUCAACCACCGGGUCUGGGCCUGGGCCCUGAGCAGCCUCGGAUUUCGGUCGGUAUGCCCGCUGUUGGGUCCCCGUCGGAUCCUAGUGCCUCUCCUGGGUAUGGCGAUGGAUGGCAAUGA